AUGACAUGGCUUGUUAUGUACCUUAUUUCUUUUCUAGUUAUUGCGAUUGCUCAUUGGGUGUAUAGAUGGAGAAACCCAAAGUGCAAAGGGUUGCUCCCUCCUGGCUCAAUGGGUUUUCCAAUCAUUGGUGAAUCCAUCCAAUUCUUCACUUCUCACUCCCUCCAAGGUAUCCCACCCUUCAUUCAACAGAGAGUGACAAGGUAUGGUUCACUGUUUCGAACAAGCAUAGUUGGACAAAAAGUGAUUGUGUCAACCGACUCAGAAAUCAACCAUUUCAUAUUCCAACAAGAAGGGAAGUUGGUCCAUUGUUGGUACACAGAAAGCGGUGCUCAAAUCACAGGACCACAAGGCUUUAUGGUCCAUCAUGGCGACUCCCACAAGUACCUAAGAAACCUGGCUCUUAACCUCGUCGGCCCCGAAAACCUUAAACAAACGUUGCUCACCGAGAUGGACCAAACUGCUCGUCAACAUUUGGAUCACUGGACUGCUCUCUCCAACUUGGACAUUAAACAAGCUACUGAAAUUAUGUUAUUCAAACUUGCUGCCAGCAAAGUUUUGAGUUACGAUGAGAAGAAGGCGAUGGAGCUUAGAAAGUAUUAUAAAGCUUUCAUGGAAGGGUUUGUAUCAUUUCCUCUCUAUGUCCCCGGAACUUCCUUUUAUGCUUCCAUGCAGGGACGUAAAAAUGUGAUCAAGUUAAUUAAAGAAACGUUAAACGAGAGACGAUCCAGCUGCAAGAAGAAGAAGAAGAAGAAAGAUUUCUUGGAUUAUCUACUAAGUGAAGUAGACAAAGAGGAAACAUUUCUAACAGAAAAAAUUGCAGUGGAUGUAAUUUGUAUGCUUAUCUUUGCUGCCUACGAAACCACUUCUUCUGCCACAACAUUAGCAUUGAAGUUCCUCAAUCAACAUCCUCACGUCUUAAAACAACUACAGGAGGAGCAUGAGAAAAUUAUUGCGGCCAGAGAAGAUAAGGAAUCCAGCAUUACAUGGAAUGAAUAUAGAUCGAUGAAGUUCACGCACAUGGUUAUAAAUGAAACCGUUAGGCUAGCAGAUAUUGCUCCAGCAAUCUUCAGAAAAGUGGUGCAAGAUUUCGAGAUAAAAGGAUAUACAAUUCCCAGAGGAUGGAUGUUCAUGAUUUGCCCAUCAUCUGUUCAUCUAAGUGCAGAGAAGUACGAUGAUCCUCUUUCAUUCAAUCCCUCUAGAUGGAAUGGGCAAGAGCUACAUCCGGCAUCGAAGAAAUUCAUGGCCUUCGGCGGGGGUCAAAGGCUUUGUGCCGGUGCUGAGUUUGCAAAGCUUGCAAUGGCCAUAAUGCUUCAUUACUUGGUCACAAAAUACAAGUGGAAAGUUGUAGACGAAGGGAAUAUAGUUCGAAAACCAGGCUUGACUUUUCUUGACGGUUUUAAAGUUCAAAUAUAUAUAUAAUGAAUCAAGUGUCAUAAUAAGAAAAAGAUUAAAUAUUCACCUUUGAUCUAUGGAGACUAUGUGCAUCCUCAUGUUAUAGAGUAUGCAACAUGGGGAGAAAUUAAAGUUGAAUAAUUUAUAAGUCCUAUGCUCUUUCAAACUUUUUUUUUUAAGUGUUAUAUUUCCAGUUGUGUUUCAUAAAUUGUUAUAUAUGUAAUUGGUAUAUAUAAGUUCAUGUUUC